AGUGCCAGCUUCCAGGAAUUAUCUAGGGAUUUUGGACUUGGCUUGGUCUACGAUGCUCACAGUUUCCCUGUUGAAACUACGGUGGCUAAUUUUUCCUACAACGAUAUUCCUGAAAUGCAAGACCUUUCCAAUUAUCAGUCCCUCAAAACGCUCAUCCUGGACAAUAACAGCAUUGCGGAGAUUCAGGGCCUGGAGAAUUGCUACAGCCUGACCGACCUGAGCUUAGCCAACAACCAGAUCCAAGCAAUUACCGGCUUGAAAGAUUUGCCCAUCAAAACCCUCUGCCUGAAAUCGAACGAGAUCAAAACAGCAGUUGGCUUGGAAAAACUCAAGGUGUUACAAGUGUUGGAUUUGUCCGGCAACCAGAUCAGCAGCUUGGAGGGUCUGGAAGACCACAACCUCCUGCAGGACAUCAACCUGGAAGAUAACCAG